UACUACAUAAAAGGAAUACAAAUAGAGUAAGUCUUGUCUUGCUGAAAUCCGUGCGACAUACAAAAAUAAACGUGGCAACGCCGCUCCGCACCGUCCUCGCCGCGACUCGCCCCACCAAUGUCAUUAUAAGUUUUGUCGUCAACGAGGUUCGUGCGUCGAGUGUUUUGUAAAGUGUUUUUUACGUGUUUACGGCGAAAUGGGUAGAAACAGGUCCAAAAAUGAAAUUAAAAAGAGGCUGAAACGGAAGCAGAAUCGCCUAAACCAACUUUGGGAGCGUUUAGAGGAUGUAUCAAGCGAUGACGCAUCAUCCUCCGGCAGUGAUGAUUCUUCCAGUGAAGAUAAUCACUCUGGUUCCGAAAGGGGAAGGCGGAGCCCAGUGAAUCUCCCGCUUGAACCCAUCGAUAGCCCGGCGAUAAAUGCAGGCAGUAACAAACCAAACACCUCGGACGCAAUAAUUACCUUAUUAGGUAAACAACCAAACCUUACCCAACAGUUUGGAGAAAACAUUCACGAAGAUAUUGUAAUGCGCUGGAGCGAAUUUCUAAGAAAAGGGGUUGAAAAAGAUGACAAAAAAGCUUUGAUCGACAGUUACCCUAUCGUAGGAAACUGUAAAGAAUUACUCGCACCUAAACUAAACAUGGAAAUUGCAACAUGUUUAAACGAAAGCUUGAACCGACAAGACAUGUACCUUAGUAGGAUACAAGACGAAAUUGGGGUAGCCAUCUCCGCUUUAGGGAAACCUUUAGGCAAUUGCUUCCCUAAUCCAAGCGAACAGUCUAAUGAAUUCUUAAAACCCAGUAUUGAUGCGGCGAAAAUCUUAACUAAUGUCCAUCAUAGCAUAUCUACACACAGGCGCCAUGUUAUUCUACCUCAUCUGAACAGCUCGGUGAGGAAGAUCAUCGAAGACUACCCAAUAGACGAGUUUUUAUUUGGGGACAAGUUUGCGGAGAAACUGAAGUCAUCCAAGGAAAUACAGAAGACGUCCUCAGAUCUUAGAUUACAGAACCCCUCCACCAGUUCAAAAAACUACCAGCGCCCCAAAUACAAGUCCAAAUACAAGAACCAAUGGAACUACAAAGCGAAGGGUCGGAACACCCAAGGGGUCUCAUACAACCAAGCCCGGCUGAAAAAGAAAAGGACCCAAUAUUAAUGGUGAGCAUAAAAAAUGAUCCGCACAUGUGUGUCGGCAAGACUAGAUCUAGAUUACAUUAUUGGGAAAUGCUGACAAGUAACCCUCAAGUUUUAAGUUGGUUAAGGGGAAUUAAAUUUAACUUCAUAUCAUCCCCCCCUACAAGACAUUCCAUUAAAGAACCUAAGUUAACACGGUUAGAACAUGAAAAUUGUAAAAAAUUAAUUGACAGCAUGUUGGAAAUGGGCGCCAUUUCCCGUUGUACAAGUUCAAAAACACAAUAUGUUUCUUCAUAUUUUCUAAGACAGAAAACAAACGGUGAGUACCGUUUCAUACUUAAUUUAAAAUCUUUAAACUGUCACUUAGAAGCCCCCCACUUUAAACUUGAGGAUUAUCGCACUGCCAUUAAAUUAACAUACCCUGGUUGUUUUUUUACCCUAGUAGACUUAAGGGAUGCAUAUUUUUCAAUACAGAUAAAUGAAAAAUAUAGGAAAUUUUUGCGGUUUUGCUUUCAAAACGAACUAUUUCAAUUUAAUUCCUUACCUUUUGGUCUCUGUUCGGCCCCGUUCAUCUUUACAAAGAUAAUGAAGCCCGUACUUCAUUUCCUUAGAACACGUGACAUAAUCUGCGUUUGUUAUUUAGAUGAUUUUUUCCUAAUCAGCCCUACUAUGGAGAAAAGCAAAAAAGACAUCACCUUAACCCUACAAGUGUUGACAAAUCUUGGUUUUAACGUAAACUACGAUAAAAGCCAGUUAAAUCCCAAUAAUACUUGUUGUUUUUUGGGCUUUUUCAUAGAUUCGAAAAACAUGCGUCUUUCGCUACCCUCAGAAAAAAGCCAGCUAAUCAUAUCUUUAAUCAAUGACGUGUUGUUAAUACGUAUCUGUUCCAUAAAGCUUUUCGCUAAAAUAAUUGGUCACUUAGUAGCAGCCUGCCCAGCAGUAAGGUACGGACCACUGUAUAUAAAAUCUCUCGAGGGGGAAAAGUAUAAAGCCCUAAAGAGCGGAAAAUCAUACAAUCAUAAUAUAUCCUUAUCGCGAGGGGUCAGAUCAGACCUUGAGUGGUGGCAGAAUUCAUUAGCAUGUUCAUAUGUUCCAAUUUUUCAAGGCAACUACGACAUCACUAUUUUCACAGACGCUUCAAACAGUGGUUGGGGCGGUAGUUGUAAUAACGAGAACAUUCACGGUUUUUGGCUACAAGAAGAAUCAAAAAAUCACAUAAACUGGUUAGAAUUGGCAGCAGCUUUUCAUUGUUUAAAAGCGUUUACCAAGUCUUUUACACAUAUGAACAUACUAUUGAAAAUAGAUAACGUCACUGCCAUAGCAUUAAUUAAUAAAAUGGGUAGCGUUAGACACAGAAAACUUAACACUAUUACCAGACAUAUCUGGCAAUAUUGCGAAUCAAAAGGCUUAUAUAUUUUUGCAACAUACAUUAGCUCUAAAAAUAAUAAACAGGCAGAUUCUGAGUCUCGCUGUAAAAAUAUUGAUACGGAAUACGAAUUAAAUAAUAUUCAUUAUAAACGCUUAUGCCGCAUUCAUGGAACUCCGCAAAUAGACCUUUUUGCCAGUCGAAUUAACGCAAAAUGCGCAAGGUAUAAUUCUUGGAAACCGGAUCCGGGAGCAUCGGGAACUGAUAGUUUUACCACAUGUUGGUCACAGGAUUUCUUUUAUGCCUUUCCCCCAUUUAGCCUAAUAUUAAAAAUGCUUAAUAAAAUCAUAAUGGACAAGGCAGAAGGUCUAGUCGUAGUACCAUGGUGGCCCACACAACCUUGGUUCCCCCUGUUUAAGAGAUUGGUUGUGGGGAAAAUAUUAUUCUUUAAGCCAAGUAAAACCUUACUUUUAUCGCCUUUCAGGAAACCUCACCCCUUAUGGCGGACAAUUACCCUGGCUGCCGGCCAUUUAUCAGGGAAGCCUUUGUAAAGAAAGGGUUUCCCGAAGAGGCCAUUGCAUCCAUAGUAGCAUCAGUAGCUGACAGUACACUAAAACAAUAUGACACCUGGUUUAAAAAAUGGUGGGGUUUCUGUUGUGACAUAAAUCACGAUAAAUGGUCCUACGACCUUACUACCUUUAUUAAAUUUCUAAGUAUACAAGUAGAUAACUCUAACUCUUAUUCGUCCAUUAACGCGUGCAAGUCAGCAUUAUCCUUUGUACUCCCCAUCGACACUCGAGAUGAGGGAAUAAUUAAAAGAUACUUAAAAGGCAUUUAUAACCAAAGGCCACCAAGGCCAAAAUACAAUACAACCUGGGAUCCUCACCCAGUACUGAGUCUGUUAGAAAAUAUGUUUCCUUUAAGUACUUUAUCCUUAGAAAAGUUAUCACAUAAGUUAGUUACUUUGUUAGCAAUUAUUACGGCGCAUAGAGUACAAACAUUCUCAAAAAUUAGAUUAAGUUAUAUAAAUCAGUUUGAUGAUAGGAUCGAAAUACUGAUCCCAGAUACCGUCAAAACUAGCGGGAAAAAUAAAUUUCAACCUGUGCUAAAGUUACCAUUCUUUAGAGACAAACCAGGGUUGUGUUUAGCAUCUACGGUUUUAUUUUAUCUAAACACAACUAAAAGCCUCCGCGCCGAUAAUAAUGAUUAUUUAAUACUGACACACAGGAAACCUUAUCAUACGGCCACAAGCCAAACGAUAAGUAGAUGGAUCCGCUCGACUCUAAAAUCCGCGGGUGUUGAUACAAGCAAAUUUUCAGGCCACAGCACUCGGCAUGCCUCAACUUCGGCCGCAUACCGAGGCGGAGUUAACAUUGAGGAAAUAAGAAAAUAUGCAGGAUGGACUGAAAAAUCAAACGUUUUUAAUAAAUUUUAUAAUAAACCAAUAUCAACACCGGCGGAUCUCUUUGCAAAAGGGGUCCUCCAAGGAUCCAGUAUUACCUGUUAAAAUAAGAGUUCCUUACUUUAAGAUUUAGUGCGUUCUGUUCCUUGUAAUUACGUUAUAUACCUAUAUGUUUGUUACAAUGUAAACAUACAGUUUAAUGGUUAUAUUAUUAUAUUUCGUUACACACCUUUAAAAGGUGCCUUUCCUAUAAAUAUAUACAAAUUACUUAAGUAUAUAUUAUACAAAGCUUAUAGGGAAUAAAGCUAUUUUCUAGA